UGCAGUAUGUCAGUGCUGGCCUGUGUUAAAUUAGAUCUUCAAACAUGAUUACAUUUAUUCUAGCUUUUAUCCUCUCCUUACAAACAGGUUUGAUCUCAUCCAUCAUUAUAAUUCAGUCUGAGUCUUUGAGGAGAUUUGUGCCGGGUGAUAAUGUCACCUUUCACUGUCGAAUGGAAGAGUUUUAUGAGAACUACUACUCCUGGUUCAGACAGUCUCUCGGAGAAGCUCCAACAUGCAUUAUCACUCUUUAUUCUGGCACUGCUCCAAUGCGGCAUGGAGCCUUUAAAGAGGACAAAAGAUUUACAGCGGAUAAGAAAGGAACUCAACUUACUUUAUCAAUUACAAACACAAAAGAAGCUGAUAGUGGAAUUUACUACUGUGCUGCUCGGGAUUAUGACCUCAUCGUUUUCAGUAAUGGAAUAUUCCUUGAAUAUGAAGGACCAACACUAAAGUCCUUUCAAUAUCACCUUAAUAUACUUAUACCACCAAACCAGACAGAGAACACUCUGAAACCUAAAGAUCCAGUUCAUCCAGGGGAUUCAGUGACUCUGCAGUGUUCAGUGCUCACAGAGAGCUGUUCAGGAGAUCACAGUGUGUACUGGUUCAGACAUAGAUCAGGAGAAUCUCAUCCAGGAAUCAUCUUCACUCAUGGAAACAGGAGUGAUCAGUGUAAGAAAAGCUCUGAGACUGUUUCUCCUACACAGAGCUGUAUCUACAAACUCCCCAAGAACAACCUCAGCCUCUCUGAUGCUGGAACUUACUACUGUGCUGUAGCUGCAUGUGGAGAGAUACUGUUUGGGAACAGGAGUAGGCUUGAAAUUACUGAAUCAAAUUCACAAUUAACUGAACUAAACUGGACAGUGAUCGCCUUGGCUGUAUCGAAUGCUGUAUGCUUGAUUAUCAUUGCUGCCCUGUUGUGCACAAGAGCAAAGAAAAGGAAUGUUACCAUAUCAGGCCAUCCAGAGCAAACAUAUUCUGCAUCUGCUUCUUCCAUCUCUCCAGUAAAUGAGAAUGCUGAGAGAGAGAAUCUGAGCUAUGCUGCACUUAAUUUCCCUACAAGGAAAUCCAAGAGACGAGAAACUCAAAGAGACACAACAACAAAUGUGGUAUACUCCUCCGUAAGUGCUCAGAACUGAACAUCUACUGGAGUCAAUCGUAUCUGAAUUGUAUUCUGACAAGAUUUUAUCUACAUGCAUUUACUCAUGAUAGCCAAAUAUGUCUCUGCUUAGUCAGACUGGAAUCCAACUGUAGUGUGAAAUUAAAUAUGCAAAGUCAUCCACUGUGCAUCGAUUAUUACUGGUGUUUAUUUUGUACUGGGAGGAGUUUUAGAUGUUGAAUGAGUCCUGAAGUCCUAUAACAUCUCAAUUCACCUCCUGAAGUGGUUUUAUUAAUCAGAGUUGAAUCUGUUUUAAAGGGAACAUAUUAUAUCUCUUUUUACAUGAGUUAGAAUACGUAUAUGGGCUACACAAAACAUGUUCAUGAAGUUAUUUGCACAAAAUCCCUCUCACUCUCAUCAAAGAGAUCUCCUCAGCUCCUAUUCUUUCCAGUUUUACUCACUAUCAAAAUGUAUUUAUUCAAAUGAGCUGUUGCUGGCCACGCCCCAUGUUUAUGCUAAGCGUUUACCACACACUAGUGUUAGCUUAUGCUAA